AGUUGAAAAUUAUUAUGUUCUUUUUAAUUACUUUUCUCGACACUUCUUUCUGACGAAAAGUACAUUUCAAUUUUACCGCGUUGAAAGUCGAUCAUGUAACUGCAUAUAUCAUGGAUAUAACUAUUCCAUGAUUUAAACUUACCCAAUAUUCUCAGCAAAUGUUUCAGCGCUGAAGCGCGCUGAAGAAUGGUGCUUAGUUAUGGAGGACAUAUACCUUACAAAGACAAUAUUUAUCUUAUAAUGAUGGAAUGAAAUAGAAAGUAAAAAAAAAAAUAGUACGGUUGAAAUAGAUAUAAAUUAAAUUAAAAUGGGUACCGUUGAGUAUGGUUUUCCUAUGAUUGGAGGAUUAAUGCCCCAAAUUCAGGCGCUUAUAGCUCCUCCAGUAUCAGAAGAUUCCAAGUCAGCAAAAUCUAAAAAGGAAAAGGAAGAAAAGAAACAUCCUUAUUUUAAAAGACGAGGACGUGGCCAUAAUCAUGAUUUUUGCGAUGCAUGUAGAGAUGGAGGUGAACUUAUAUGUUGCGACAAAUGUCCUGCCUCGUACCACUUACAAUGCCAUUAUCCACCAGUGGAUCCAACAGAUAUACCUAAUGGCGAAUGGCUGUGUUAUGCCUGUCGGUGUGCAACGAAAAGAGAAAUUUUAGGGAAUAAAGGGAUUGAUAAAAAGAAGAAAAAGUCUGCAUUAGAAAUAUUAGCUUUAGCAGCUUCUUUAGUUAAUCCUCGCGAAUUUGAGCUUCCAAAAGAGUUACAGUUGCCAAUAAUAUUUCCUGGAAGUAAUAAAGUAGAUUAUGUAUCUGGUAGAAGAGGAAAGCAACAAAGUUCAUCAAACAGCAAUGGGAAAAGUCAUUGCUUGGAUAAUAAUCUGAUGGUGCCAUUACCGGCUCGUUUGUGCUUUGAGUGUGGACGUAGUUGCAGGAAAGCACCAUUAAUUGCUUGCGAUUAUUGCCCACUCUAUUUUCAUCAGGAUUGUUUGGAUCCUCCACUAACUGCCUUUCCUAUUGGAAGAUGGAUGUGUCCUAAUCAUCCAAAUCAUUUUAUAGAUCAAAAUCUUUUAACUUCGUGUAGAGUUACAGAACGUAUCAAGCUUUGGGAUAAAUAUGCUAAUCAAAGGAUAGAUCAGCAUGCUGUGAAACUUGAUUUUUUGCGUAAAGCAAGUACUGCCAAUCCAUUAUUUCGCACAAAAGUAAAAUUGGAAGGACGUAUGCGGGUUAAAGUUCCUCCUUCAGUUAAAUACCAUUAUGAAAAUCCAUCUCAUUUGGAUCUUAGUCACUUUAAUCAAGAAACUUCUAUAAGAUCGACAAUUAAAAUAGAAAAUGAGCAACAGGAUGAAGAAAAAGAAAUUACAAUAAUAAAUAAUGUAGAUACAUUGAAAAAGAGUAAUUACACGGAUGAUAAGGAAUUAGAUACACAAAUGGAAAUUGAUAAUUUAUCCUGCAAGAAUAAUCUAAUAGAGGGAAAAUACAAUAAGAAAGAAAGCGACGAAGUGAAAUGUAUCAACAAAACAGAAUUGCUCGAACGAAAUGAUAUCAACGAAAAACAAAAUAAUAUAACGCAUGCAAAUCAGUUUACAUACAGUGUGAAAGAAGGAGUACAGUUAUUAGAAAGACCGGUAUUAGAGGCAUUGGCACGUCAAAGAUUGGAACAAAUAUUAAAUCCAGAAGGAGAAAAUUAUAAUGAAAUAAAUUGUCAGGUAAAAGCUCGAGCUGCACUUUUUUCUUUAAGCGAGAUACCAAAACCACCUGUCUUUAUGAUACAUAAGACAAUGAUUAUUGGAAAUGGACCAAAUUGCGAUUUAAUUCUAUCUAGUUAUGGCAAUUGCAGUUUUAUAUCAUCGAAACAUGCCAUUAUAUUUUUCGACGAGGCAACAAAUCGUUACGAAUUACUUAAUUACAGUGAAUAUGGAACAAUCGUCGAUAACGUAUUAUAUUCUUGUAAUUAUGCAGAAAAAUUAGAAGGUGAUAAUAAAGAAGAUAGUGAUUAUAGUAAAAUUAUAAGUAAAGAACAGGAAACAUCUGAGAUGUUGAAAGCAAUUAUAUAUAAAGAAAAUCCUCCUCCUUCUUCUCAAAACGAAAGUAAAAAAGGUUUAUGUAAGUGCACCACGAAAUAUCAAGAAGUAAGAAAAAGUAAUUAUUUAGAAGAAGGUUGGGAAGGAAGUGCGAUUAUUGCUCAUGGGUCUAUUCUAAGCUUUGGAUGUUUUACAUUUAUAUUUAAUACAAUAAGCUCACAAUCAGAUUAUUGAAAUUUAAUAUUGUGUAAAUACUGUGUACUUUGUGCAUAGAAUUUUUUAAGUCAAUAAGUAAGUUAACAAAUGAUCUUUUUUAUUAUAUUAUUUAAGACUUUAUAACCUGUGAUAAGGAGCAUUAAAACAUAAAAACGUUAAGAAAACAUUUUAUUAAAAUAUACAUCAUGUAGGAUUUUCUCAACCAUAAUUCGUGUCAUUUGCAUCAUCGUCAUCGUCAUCAUCGUUACAAGAUUCAUCAAAAUCCCUAAUUUUUACAUCUGCAUCUUCUCCAUAUUGAAUAAUAUUAUCGAUUGUUAAUUUUAUAUCGGCGAUACUUUCUUCAUCUUUAAUAUUCAGAGGAUAAAAACGAACUAAACUAUAA